AUGAGUAAGAAACCCUAUGAUGACUACUGUUUUGCAAUGAUAAAGGACCUUAAAUCAAAAAAAGAACUCUGCGAAAGCGUUGCUGAGACUCUUGAUAUUCUAACUCAGAUUUUAAUGGAAUUUAACGGAUCAAGAAGUUUAAAUGGCGCUAUAGAUAGCUCAGAUACGCAUAAAUCUUCCGAAAUUCAACAAGUCCAUGACUGGAUACAAGUAAACAUUAUUCAAGGUACAGCUUUUAAACUUAUCGUAAAAGAAUACGAAACUAACGCAAAAGUCCCCUUAAUAAAACUGCAAAACGACAUCGGAGUUGUAAUUGACAAUGCAGAAGAAGGCAUUGAGCAGGCAAACUUGCGACUAGAUCUUACAGAAAGCGAAUAUAAAAACUUAUACGAUGAAUAUAUCGAAACAUGCCAUAUGAUAGAAAAUGAAACAGAUAUAUCUAAAGUUGAAGAGCUUAAGGUUAAGUGUUCCGAAUUGGAGCAGAGAUGUAUUGAUUUUACUCUUUUAUUAGGAAAAGCGAGAAGACAAUACUGUUUCGAAAUAGAGGCCCUAUUUGAACCCUACGAGACCAUACUGGAUCAGUAUAGUGAUGUUAUGCAAAACCUUUUGGAUAAAUUGCCAAUAAUUAAUAAGGUAUUCACAGAUCAUUUCAAGUCACAUCCAAUUAAAUCUGACAUGCUAUCUCAAAUAUUCCUUUCCGGACCACUUCCGGCGACUAAAUGUCCUUCAAAACUUUCAAGGUUGCAAUUUAUUACUCCUGCUGCCGAAAUAGAGUUUAACAUAUUCGAUUAUAUACAGCCAAAUGUUGUUUAUGACAUUUCUUUGACUCAAGCUGUUUACGAACUUACAGAAAAUUAUCAUGAUCCAAACCAGGCUUGGACAGUCAGAAAAGGUGAUUAUGUUAAUUGUAUAGAUAAGAAAGGCAAUAUGUAUCAUGUAGAACAUGUUGGUUCUGGUUUGAGAGGCCAAAUUCCGAAAAAUAUACUUGUUAAAUCAAAGUAUAAGAGGACCAUUAAGAAAUUGAAUAGCAAUUACGAAGAAAAGGGCGUAAAGUAUCAAGCUGGAUUCUGUAUGUGCAUUUGUAAAGAAAAUAAGGAUAAUUAUACCUGUGUAACGCCAUCGCAAACCUUUGUUCAUAUACCAAAGAAACUACUUGCUUAA